GGUACGCGGAAAUCGCGAUUUACGGAACCGAUUUUUAUGCUAAAAUUUUGGUUCUCGUUUUUUUCACUCUUUUUUAUGCAGCGUGAGGCAGACGUAGUUUUAAGUAGUUUCUUUUUAGAAACAUAUAUAGACAUAGAUACUUUUUGGAAAGAAGAAAAGUUAAUCUUAAUUUUUGAAAUACUUUUAUGUAUGGUUACUAAACUUUAUUAUGGAAUAUUUUGCUCCUGAAUAUUAGGUUGAUGUUCUCUCAUGAAUUUGUGGUCAAAGAAAUGUAAAGUCUGCUUUUUUUAUUAUUAAAAUAGCUUGUUUCAUGCAUUUUCUAUGCACAUGCCAAAUUUCAACAAAAAAUAAUGAUAAGCAAUUAGUCUAAUUAGUGUUAUACCAAGUAUACCACUUUUUUCAGGUAGCCCUAGGCAAACGGUUUUUUGAGGUGGUUAUUUUUAGAAACAUAUAUUAACCUUGACGACUUUUGAAAGAAGAAAGAUUUGGCUUGAUUUAUAUAAACUAUUGUGUAUUGCUAACAUACCUUUUUAUGGAGUAUUUUGCUGAGAAUUUUGCAUGGAAAUUUGGCUGAUGUUGUAACAUAGAUUUGUAGUUGAAGAAAUGUAGAGUCUGCUUUUUUUAUUAUUAAAAUAGUUUUUUUCAUGCAUUUUCUAUGAACAUGCCAAAUUUCAACGAAAAAUAAUUAUAAGCAAUUAGUCUAAUUAGUGUUGGACUUUAGGUACCUAAUUUCGAUUUUUUUGUUGUUGUUUUUUUUUGGUAAGCAAAAUCCGGUAGGCACCGAAAUCCGGAUAAGGGGGCGUUUCAACUAAAAAUCUUAUUUUGAAUUAUUGUGAUAUAUAUUAUUAGAUUUAAAAAAAUAUGGCAACAUAUAGCAAGAGUGUGUUAGAUGCCCAAACAGAAAAUCCUGCCCAGCUUUUUGUUGAUUUUUUGAGGUUUCUCGAAUCUACACAGCCCAUCACUGUUCCUUCUACAUCUGCUAUAAGGGUUACAUCUUCAGCACCUACUAUAACUAUUCCAUGUGUUCAACCUCCUGCUGUCGAAUCUACACAGCCUAUCACAGCUACAUUUACAUGUUCAACGAAUGUUCCUUCUACAUCUGCUAUUUGUGGUAUGUUUACAAGUUUCUACUUUUUAAUAUGUUUAUGCAUAUCUUGGCAAUUACAGUAUUUAUUUUUAAUCACAACUUUGAUAAUCUUUAGUUACAUCUUCUGCGGCUUCUAUGACUCUUCCAGGUAUUCAACCUUCUGCUGGUUGGAUACGACUGGGCAGGAAGGGGGGCGUUUGGCGUGGCACAUGUCCCGUCCCUUAUGUCAACUUAUACACCACUUGUAUAUGCUGUAAAGUAAGAAAAUUUAAUUUAAAAUUUUUCAUACAAAAUAUAAUCAUUGUUUUUUAGGUUCAAAUAUUUAUAACAAUGUAGCAUUUCACUACGAGGGUGUUAAAACGUAACAGUCAUCAACACUUCAAUCUAAAAUAGACCACUAAUAUUUGGAAAUGGAUUGGAAGCAAAUUGGAACAAUUUUUUGUGUAUAAAGAUGACAUAUUUUAUCAGAAAAACACUCUUUCGUGUGAAAAA